AUGCAACUGCGGAUCGGAUUAUCGCCGUUGCAUCAGGCGGAGCAUCGGGAAAAACUCGCGAUGGCGGCGUUGAUGAGUGGAUUGUGCGAUUUGACGACGGCGUUGUUUAUUUUUCACUUCGCGCGGGAGCCGCCGGCGGCGUCAAAUGGGUGGACGAGCCCUGAACCAACGCUCCCAUGCACGGCCUUGGAGGAUUAUACCGCCGCGAUGGAUCGCUACGCGGAUGGGGUGGAAAGUGAACUUUUUUUUGAGUUAACGGCGGGAAAAGGCGAGGGAGGGGAGGUAGGCGGGGGAGGAGGCGGCGCCCCCACCCGACGCGCGCGACGACGAGAAGCCCCGGAGAAGCCUUCCUCCGCGGGCGCGUUGAUCGAUUCCAUCCCGCGCGAAGGUGAGCUCCAUGGACCGCGUUUUUGUCGAAUGAAAUACCCCGCCGAGAAGCCAACGUGGGGGGCCUUUUUCGCCGCCACUCCGACGCCUUCAAUGUCCUCCCCCUCCUCCGGAGGAGGGGUGGUGGCUUCGCCGAUGCGAAUUUCGCCCUGCCGUUUUGUUUUGGAGCUCCUCGCGCCGCGGCUUUACUCCUGGGCGGCGCUUUUUAUCCACAGCCUCCUCCUCCCCUCCACCUCGAACGCGGGCGAAACAACCAAAAAGGAGGACCUCCCACGAAGCGCGAACGUCUUUCUCAUCCCCAAACGCGCGCUCGAGCAUCAGGUGAACGUUCAGGUGUAUUUGAUCGAGACCCUCACGCGUCGGUUGAGUCGGUGGGAGCAACCCGCGAGCCCCCUUCGCCAGUCCAAUCGCGCCUCUCCGACCACCCAGGCGGGGCCGCCUUCGCCUUCGCUUUCGCCUUCCCCUUCUUCCAGCUCGAUCCCUUCCACCGCCUCCUCGUCGUCCUCGCUUCGAGGUCAAUUUCGAUGGCUAAUGGAGCUCCUUCCACUGCUCGAGCUCGCGAAUACCUUCCUCGCCACGCAGACGCUUUUGAUCCCGUUAGUCGCGCGGCUGGCAACGCUUUGCGAGGAGGCCGUGGGGGAGGGGUGUUUAUCCGAUCUGACGACGGAAUCCGCCGUUGGAACGGCGGAACCCCCUGGGGUGGAGUUCGCGCGAUCGUGUUUCGCGCUCACGGAGCUGUUUCUCGCGCGUGUGGUGAUGCCCUGUGUCCGGAUGAUGCCGCCGUCGCCCGUGGUGUACGAUCACAUCCAACGCAUCUUUGACGUGCUCCAGACGCGUGGGGGCGAGGUGGGGUUCACCUCCCCUCACUCCACGACGGGGUUUUUGCAUUUUUCCUCGCAGUGGUUGCCGUAUGUGCUGCCCCCGUCGGCCCUCGCGGCGGCCUCGGGCUCCGCGUUGGCCGCCGCGAUCACCGCGCAGGCGGAGCGCGGCGAGGACGCCGACGACGACGCGGCGGUGGAUGCCCCCCCCCCCUCCCCCCUUCCCCCCUCCCUCGCCGUCAUCCGCACGAUCGCAUCCGGGGCAAGGAGCUCGAGGCGCUUUUCCAGCAGUCCCUCAAACGGCUGA